AUGCAAGGUUUAACGAAAACUGAAUAUGUGCAAGAGGAAACGGAUCAUCAGCCCUGUCCGUCUAGCGCAACAUACGAUACACAUGGAGUGUCACAUAUUGGCGAAGUAGCAACAUGGGACUCAUCACCAUUGUAUCCUUCCAAGAAUAUCAUUGAAUUCUCGAGCAGCGGUGAACGACGACCCACUUAUGUGGGCUACAUCAAAUCGCCCGCUGAUGCGAUUCUACUCCUUGCGGCCUGUGACCUUCCAGACAAUGUCAGAAAUCCGAACCUUGGGCCUCCACCACGUCGUAUUUCUCGGCGUCUGUUGGAUGAUGAACGCGCGUCUCUGAUUCGUUCUGGAGCAGUGUUCGUGUGGGAUGAACGUGAAGCAGGCAUGAGGAGAUGGACUGACGGCCGCUGCUGGAGUGCUAGUCGUGUCAGCGGUUGUUUUCUAACAUAUCGCGAGCUCGAAGUCCGGAAAAAGAACUCCGACACCUCCAAGGAUGGACCGCGUUCCAACCUGUACAAGUCUGAGGGUCUCGUCAAGCAGUCCUUUAGUAUUCGGACGUCGUCCAACCGUAAACUCCAUGUUAUUUCGUAUUUUAACAAGGAUGACAUCAAGUCAGGCUCCUUGCAACGGGUGAGUACAGACCCUAGAAUUACCGGAACUGGCAUCGAUUCGUGGAAUGUGCAAGUUGAUGAUCAAGAAUAUGGAGAGUGGAUCAAUCGAGAGUCUGAUUUUCUACCGAAGCAUAUCAUGAAAUCGCAGCGCUCGCGUGAAGUUUCUUUACCGGAGGCAGCGGUCCCUUUGAAGCGGAUGUCCUCGGAUGAAGAGUCCCUUGCUACGGUGGAUGAUCGUGAUAAUGCUAGGACAUUAGUUCCUCUGAAUUGGCGCGCACAGCCAGCGGCUCAGUUUGCUUCAGAUAUGCGCUAUGCUCGGCCUCAGCGUAUGAACAUAUAUUCGGAUGAACCUCUACCAAAGCGGUUCCGAUAUGAUAUUCGUCCUAUCUCUCCAUGUCCACCCCAAUUCGCCACGUCAAGGGGUUGGUCGCCAGCGUACGACUUGGCGUCGGUCGCCUAUCCUUCAUCGUCGUCGUUUUAUGAAUCGCAACGUGUUGUACCAAUUCCUUCUAGAACCUACUUUUCUAUUCCCUCGUAUGCACCCAAUCCCGAAAGACCGUUGCUUCCUUCUCUAUGCUCGACGGCACGAACCUCUGAGGCUGAGAAGGGUACGUUGGAAGCACUGGCUAGUCUUCGCUCUAAUUCCACGAAAGUCCCUCCCAUUACGGCGCUGGAUCGUGUCGAUCGCUCUGCAUCUGGCAUGUAUCCUGCUUCCAGGGUUCGUGGCCGACCUGCCCCGGUCUCUGUGACAGACCGACAUACCCUCCAAAAACUGAGUGUUCCUAUGUAA